UCAAAAGGCAAUUUAAAUUUCAGCCUGAAUAUAUCAUUUAGCUUUUUACCACUGAUACGUCUGUUGACUGUGCUCGACACUGGAGUUCUAUGUGUCGAGUAUCUAACUGAGGAUAGUGACGCUUUUACCUUAAAGUCGCCCUGUGUUACGGGACGAGUAUCUAACUGAUGGCUGUGACGCUUUUACCUUAAAGUCGCCCUGUGAUAUGGGUCGAGUAUCUAACUGAUGGCUGUGACGCUUUUACCUUAAAGUCGCCCUGUGUUAUGGGUCGAGUAUCUAACUGAGGAUUGUGAAGCUGUUACCUGAAAGUCUGACUGUGUUAGGGCUCGAGUAUCGAACUGAUGGCUGUGACGAUUGGGUCGAGUAUCUUACAGUUACUCCCUGUGUUACUGUGUUAUGGGUCGAGUAUCUAACUGAGGAUUGUGAAGCUGUUACCUUAAAGUCUCCCUGUGUUAUGGGUCGAGUAUCUUACAGUUUCUUCCUGUGUUACUGUGUUAUGGGUCGAGUAUCUUACAGUUGGUUGUGAAGCUGUUGCCUUAAGUCUCUUGUGUAGCUCAUGGCCACUACACUGCGACGCCGUGGUCCCGUUCCUCCUAGCUGACAAUUUACAAGAUGUUUUGUGACAGGUGUGCUUUCUGUGUACAUGUGUGCGAUUGUAUGUUAACAACAGUGCCUGCACGUCCUUACGAAAGGUACAAUGGAACAUGAAGCGUCUCCGUGAUAAUAAUUCAAGCGUCUGGGGGACCCUGCUGAUUGGCUGGGUAUUAAUAACUUCGCCGUGUAAUGCCUGCUCACCUAUGUGCGACUGUGUCGGGAACUAUUUUGCAUACUGUGAUCGACGCGAACUAACUUCCAGUCAUCUGAUUGACCUGAUGCCGGACCUUCCCGUCAGAAUAAGUUACAUCGACUUCAGCCACAAUGUAAUCAGGGUGUUGACCAAUAGUAUGUUCUAUCGACAUACUGCGCUCACUACUAUCAGCCUCGAUCACAAUGUAGUGAGUGACGUCAGCGGAAGUACGUUUCGCCCGCUUCUGCGGUUGCGUAAACUUUUCCUCCAACACAAUCAACUACCUCAUUUAAAUGAUGGUAUAUUCUUCCAUCUGACACAACUACGGAAUCUCUAUCUCUAUAGCAACCGGAUCCGACACCUCCCGGAUAGGGGUUUCGCUCAUCUUGUAAACUUACGGGAACUCCAUCUAAACAGAAACGAUCUAGAUAAUGUGACGUCAGAGGCACUGGUUGGUCUAAGCAGACUACAAAUACUCAAUAUUUCAGACAACAACAUUAACAUUAUCAGUGAUUUCUCAUUUGCUUCGCUGACUAAUCUCCGUAAGCUAUUCCUGGAAAACAACAAGAUAAGUGUUCUAACAUCAAAAACAUUCUGGAAUCUUACUUCAUUGCGUGAACUAGAUCUACGUAACAACUGUAUUGUAUACAUACAGGCAGCGCAUAUGGACCCGUUCAGGCAGCACAUCCGGGUUCUCCGACUUUCAUAUAAUCGACUUGUCUCUCUCCGUAGGAAUGUUUUCGAUGAUAUGGGUUCGUUAAGAGUUUUGGAUUUAAAUUAUAAUGAAAUUAAAACGAUAGAAAAAGGUGCGUUUUGGUAUCUAGACCUAAAUGAGCUACAUUUAAAGGGUAAUCGGUUAGAGGCAGUGGGACGGGAAAUGUUCCUUCACACCCGGUUACUCAGGUAUGUGGACCUAAGUCACAAUGAUAUCCACCUCAUCAGUCCUGGAGCAUGGGCUGGUCUAGGACAGUCGCUUCACGUCCUCAUUUUAACCGGAAAUCGACUGGUGGAUCUCUCCAGGACCAUGGUGCAGGGCAUGUCAGCACUGCGCAAGCUCAGACUAGACAGCAAUCAAAUUGUCACUAUAGAUCCGGAGUUUAUUUUACAAUUGCCAAGUUUGCAAACGUUGGAUCUCCGCGCAAACAAUCUUCGGUCACUGUUUGCACAGGAAUUCACAGACCUGCCGGCAGUGCCGAGACUUUUACUGGAACAAAAUCCUCUCCGUCAGUUCUCAGGAUUCAGGUUUGUCGGUGAUGUUCAUGUCAGUUUAAAUCUGACUGUUACAUCAAAGAAUAACAGAACCGUUAACAUUACAUGGCCGUACAAGGGAGGUAAUCAGAUUUAUUGGUCGGUGUCUGUGAAAAAUUUAAAUAGAACACAAAGCGACAAUGAUAUAACAUUAUAUCUUCAAGCAUACGUGACCAAUACAAUGAUACCAGGGUUAUCUCCUCUUACCCAUUACUUAAUCAAUGUCAGACCAGUGUUUGUUGACGAGAGGGUUCGUGUGGACCAGACCGGUUACGUGACGACUCUAGGCCCCGACGAGUCGUCAUCCCCUCCGACAACUUUACGUGGGGACGAACACGCCUCGGGGUCGUGUCGGUGUCGCCCCCUACCGUGGACUGCGCUUUACUGUCUGGCGUGUAUUAUCAUGCUACGCUACCCAAGUUCCUUUAUUUAAACCAAUCACAUUUGUUUGAUGAUGAACAAAUAGCGCAGAUGGACAGGACAAAAUCAGCCGGGAGCAUAAAACUUGACUGACUGAUCUAAAACUGCAAUAUGACCAAAUAGGACGUGAUUUCUGUUGUAUGCAUUUUAUACAGAUUCAUCCAUCUUCGCUUGUCGUGCAAUAUCCCAGUUUAAUCAUUAUUGAUCUGUUUCGCUACACUACGCUGAGCUUGUCUCCCUUCGCCGCCAACCGUCAUUACCGUUUUUGUAAUCGUGUAAUGUCUAAAUGAUCAUAAAACGUCGAGAUCCUGCCGAAAUUUAUUUAUUCUAUUAUUUGAUAUGUUGUAUGUAACAUUCACGAUUUGUAUUUUUAUUG